CAGUUGAUGAACAGUUUGAAAGAACAACCAAGAUGUUGUCUAUGCAUAAUAACCUUAUGAAGCGAUACCAAAAAGAGUUAAAGACCAACACAGCUCAAGUGGAGCAAAUCACUACUUUGAGUCUGGAAAACAGAGAUUUGGAAAAGAAACUCCACGAUGCCCAAAGUAAAAUAGAAGAGCUACAUAAAGAGAAAGAUGCUCUUCAGACAAGGAUUAAUGCAGUGGGAAUUAAGAAAAGGCUAACACCUUCUAAAAGAGAUUUAAUGGCUGAACUCCGCAAGGUUUCACAGGAAAGAGACAGACUUGCUAAUGAAAGAAAAAAGUUCAAAGAUGAACUCAAGAUGCUGGACAGAGGUUUCUUUGAAGAAAUAGAAGAUUUAAAGUACGCACUCCAGCAGGCAGCAAGACUAAACAGUGCUUACGAGAAAGCACUGAAGCAGUUGUGUUCCCAGAGUGGUGUUGCCUUCCCUAAAAUAACUACAACCACACCAAAAAAGCGAAGUAGGAAACGAACAAGAUCACAGACGAGAGAAUUUACCGGUAGAUAGCUUUUUAACGAGCAGGCAAAAUUAACUUUCAAGGCUCAAAUCAAAAUGUAAAGUGUAACUGUUGUUACACAUAAUUUAAUUAUAAUAAAUAAUGUUCAGACAAAUACCCCCAGAUAAGUCACAAAGUGUCAACAAAAUGGUUCCUUAGUUUUUCCCAGGAUAAAUACAAUCAUGUUAGUUUCAUUAACUAAAAGUAUGCCCUUUGUUUAUCUCAAAAGCACAAAACAUUUCCAGUGCUGAGUUCAAAAUAGCAAGUCACCUUCCUUACAAUACUGUUAGUAGUAAUGCAAUUACUGGUAAUGAAAGCUGUCAUGUCUAAAAUGCUUAUUGAAUAGAAAUAGUUCUAAGCAGGCUGGUAAAUGAAUGUGGCAUUGUUCACUUAUUUAUAGUUUGAAUGGUACAUAUUUUGACUUGCAUAGCAAUAAAGAAUUCCUCAAUGCUGUGAGGCCAUUCCUCUGAGCUUUAUUCCAUCUACUCUUACUAAGUGAAUGAAGAUUUAUGUUUGAAGUGUUCAACAUUGAGGCAUUUAUUUAACUGCAACAACAUAUUCAGUAAAAAAUUGAUUCAGCACCUGAAAGAGUAAUUUAAUUUUGGAAACCCCCACCCCCACCUCAACCACCAGGAAAGCUUGCUAUAAGGGUUAUCAAAAAUGGUAAACAGCCUACUUGUUUUGGGAGGUCACUGUGUUAGUGUAGCUCAAAUGUACAAUAUUCAAGCUGAUCGAACUUUCAGAAGCAUUCAUGUCUUUAAAAUUCAACAAUAUUGACUUGGCAUUAAUUUGAACUGCCUUUUCUCUCAUCAAUGUUAUUUUGAAAAGUUUGCUGAAUCAUUAGGUUCAAAUAUAUACCACACCUCAAUUAAAAUGCUGAUUAGAAUUACUCUCGACUGGGCACUUGGUUAUUUGAAACAGUUAAUUCAAAACAGGGCAGUUAUAUGAGAGGGGAUACCAUAGUUACAAGACUUAGUUCAAGAGGUUGCUAAAUCAAGUCAUUAGUAAUAUUAGUUUAUCUGUCUUGCACUGACUGAGCCAGGACUUGUUGUAGAAUAGCAUCUUCAUCAUUGUCAAAAUCCUGUUAGAUGAGGUGAAAACUGAGUAAAUAUAACAUGUUAAGCUGCAUUAUACUUAGUAUUACUUUUACUAGUAAGAAUGACAUGCUUUAUCACAAAUAAUAAUAAUAAUAAUAAUA